AUGACGACUGCAAUGGACACAAGCACAACAGGAGGCGUCAUCUCCUACGUGGGCUCCUGCGGCGGCUCGCAGGCGCGCAUCAGUCCUGUGUCCAUGUACAGCGACAACUCCAACUCCCAGCCCUCUUUCGCCUCCUCCACCUCCUCCUCCCCUCCCUCCUUCCACAGCAGUGGCAGCUCCAGCUCCGGCUCGGGUGGAGAGGACGGCUCCUCCUCCUUCUCCUCCUCCUCCUCAUCCACCUCCUCCUUCUCCUCCUCAUCCUCUUCAGUAGGAGGCUCCCAUCGUUGCCGUGACGAUAGGAGCUCGCUGAGAGCAGCCCCCGGCAAGUCCGUGGCGAGGCUGACCAAGCUGAAUGGCAUGGUCCUGCUAUGUAAAGUUUGUGGAGACGUGGCCUCAGGUUUCCACUACGGAGUCCAUGCAUGUGAAGGAUGUAAGGGUUUCUUCCGCCGCAGCAUCCAGCAGAACAUCCAGUACAAGAAGUGUCUGAAGAACGAAAGCUGCACCAUCAUCAGGAUCAACAGGAACCGCUGCCAGCAGUGUCGCUUUAAGAAGUGCCUCUCCGUGGGCAUGAGCAGAGAUGCGGUGCGUUUCGGCCGCAUACCAAAGCGGGAGAAGCAGAGAAUGCUGGCAGAGAUGCAGAGUGCCAUGAACAACAUGGUCAACAACCAGCUGCAGAACGACUUCCAACUCGCCAGCCUCUCCUCCUCCCCGCCCCCUCCUCCCUCCUCCUUAUCCUCCUCUCCCUGCCCGCCUCAGCCGCCCGCCCUCCCGGCGGCACCUUCGUCUCCUUCGACCCCUGCCCCGGCCAUGUCCUCCUCCCUGCCUCCUCCCUCUACCCAGGGUGCACCUCCUCCCCAAGACAUGCUGACGUCCCACCCCCCCGCCCUCUCCUCCCCCUCCCUAUCAACGCCUCCCGCUCCUCUCUGCCCCGCCAGUCUCGGCGUGGACUCCACCGUCAGUGCCAUCGCGCGUGCUCACCGCGAGACUUUCCUGUAUGCGCACGACAAACUGACCAACCCCGGCACGCCUCUGCCGCAACGUCGUCAACAACACCUCCAGCACCAACAAGCCCUCCGCAACGUGGAGACAAACAACUGGGUCUCCAACCAGUGUUCAAGUGGUUACCAUGCCAACGGACUCAACACCAUCUACCACAACAACAACAACUUUGCCAGUGGUUACGUGGCCCAGCAUCACCACGGCAACCACCGCCACAGCAAUCUCCCUGGGGGAGAGAUGCAUGGCAAGCAUGCACAGCAAGGACAGAACUCUCCCAUGAAGAACCAACCUGAUAUCAUGCUGGCGUGUCCUAUGAACAUGUGUCCCAGGGCAGACCCCUCUAAGAGCUCCCAGGAGAUCUGGGAGGACUUCUCCCUCUCCUUCAGCCCUGCCGUCCGGGAGGUGGUGGAGUUUGCCAAACACAUCCCAGGAUUCAACACUCUGUCACAGACCGACCAGGUCUCUCUGCUGAAAGCCGGCACCUUUGAGGUGCUAAUGGUGCGCUUUGCUUCGAUGUUCAACGUGAGAGAACAUACGGUGACGUUUAUCUCCGGCACCACCUAUGGGCUGGAGGACCUGCGGGCCAUGGGGAUGGGCGAGCUGCUGGGGGCCAUGUUUGACUUCAGCCACAAGCUAGCAUCACUGGAACUCAGCCCGGAGGAGCUGGGCCUGUUCACCGCUGUGGUGCUCGUAUCUGCAGACCGGUCUGGCAUCGAAAACUUCACCACGGUGGAGCAGCUCCAGGAGAGCCUGAUUCAAGCUCUGCGCUUAUUGGUCAGCAAGUCACCCAAUCAUCACCAUGGCGACUCGCCCCGCUUCACCAGGGUCCUGCUCAAGCUCUCCGACCUCAGGACCCUCAACAACAUGCACUCUGAGAAGCUUCUCUCCUUCCGCAUCGACGGCUGAACACAAACACCACACCGAUGGCCCAUGAUGAUGACAAUGAUGAAUGAUAAUGUCAUCCUCAACAUGGAGCCGUGCUAAGGCGCUCUUCUUUACCACUGAAACUGGUUUGUCACAAUCAUUUGAGCUUCAUUGUGUUGUCUCCGCUUGCGUCAGCCCAAAGUUCAGGAACUGAGACAUCUGUCUCUGAGAAACCUCUGAUUGUUUUUCGUUUCCUUCAAAAAGGAGAAACUGCUGUCGCACAGUGAUGAUAUCGCGGAAAACCACAGGUCUAGUGAGUGUACUAGAUGCUAAGGUUGGCUGGAGAGUUUGGACAUUGUGUAACCUGGGUAAAAUAAGCAGCUGUCAAAAUGUAAACUGAAGUGGCACUUCAGUUUGGCACUUCAGUGCCCCCCCCCCCGCCCCC